AUGAGUAAGAAGGUAGUGCUGGAGGAAGAUGAGUAUGUGGAGACGCUGGGCCUAAUUAUUGAGCGAGACUUCUUCCCAGACCUACCUAAGCUCCAGAAACAGAGACGGCUUCUGCUUGCUGACGAGGGGACUGAAACAGCUUUGCGCGCUAUAUCGACUACUAGCGACGACACAUCAGUGCGGAGCAAUGCGAGCGUAGUAGGUUGGGAUCAACCUACUCCGUAUGCUAAGCUAGCGGCUGGCGACCGGGUUCAGGUCGAAGAUGACUCCAAUAGUGUUAUGGCAUCCAUGACCCUUAACCGCUUUGUGGCAACUCAUACUUCUGAAGAUAAUGAGUCUUUCAAGGAAUUGCAAGAAAAAGCGGUCAAUGACCAUCAAAGAAAGUAUCAUUGGGCUUUCGAUGAAAACAAAGAUAAAGGGGAUUCGAAGCUUCAUUUGUUGGCAAAUGGCACUUGGAUCUCGAAAGAUCAACGAAAACUUGUAGACGAAGCAUGUGCUCCGAAAGGUCUUAAGGAUGACAGACCAGGCUUUCCUGAGACGUGGAGGUAUCGUGCGAGAAAUCCAUUAAUCUUUCAACCUGAGCUGGAAGCAACACGAGACAUCUGCCAAAUCAAAGCUGCUUCCAAAGGUCAGCUCUUGCUCGAGAAAGAUCCAAAUUCGCGUUCAAGACUACCUCCUAGAUCAAGGGCAAAAACAGUUUACGCUAAUUCUAGGUUUUUCUCAAAUGACGUUCAAUUGGUCGAGUCCGAAUGUGGGGGUGGAUCGUCGGCUUCACGAGAUAAAUAUUCUUUAGUGCCGAUGACACCAAUCAUAGCUCCGGGUGUUGAUGCAAGCCCUUUAAUGACAUGGGGAGAUAUUGAAGCCACACCAACGAUUUUAGACAACGAGGCAACGCCUGGACGUAUUUGGAACACACCAUCUUUUGAGAUUCAAGAUACGUCGCGGCGGGAAAAAGUGGCAACUCGGUUGGAAUCAGAAGCUCGCCACCGCAACCCCAACCUGCGGUUGCCAGGGCAAAAUACGCCGCUAAGAAGUCGUUACAAGGCUGAACACACGCACAUGUCUCGAAAUGUUCGUGCCCGCAUGUCCAGUGUCCGAUCGGCUCUACGCACUCCAGUAGGCUCAGAUACGCAGUUACGUGCAAGCUAUUCCACGCCUUUACGACUACCAAAACCUUCGUCCAAGACACGAAAGACAAGAUGA